GUCGAGAUGGUGGCGAGCGGCUCGGAGCCGCGGGGAACGCUGGCGCCCCGGCCCCCGCGGCCGAGGCUCGAGCUCGCGCGGGCGGCGGCGGCCGCGGCGUUCCCGCUCGCGGUCGUGGGAGAACAGGCCGAGUCCGCCUUCGAAGGGACCGUCGAAGAGGCCGGCCGAGCCCUCUGUCCGCGGCGGCGGUGCCCAGUCGCCGCCGCGCGCCAGCGCGGAGGGCAAGCGGCCGGCGGCGCCCUCGCGUGUCGCCGCGGGCCGCGGCACGGAGGAGGAGCGGCGCGAGAAGCUGUCCGCGGAGCGCGAGGCCGACGAGGCCAUGCGGCGGCUGCAGUCGAAGUACGCCCGGGACGAGGGCGCCCCGGCCGCCGCCAAGGCCGCGGACGAGGCCCUCGCCGCGGAGCGGGAAAAGGAGGACGACGACCCGGAGGACGCGAACGCGCUGGGCGCGCUUGCGCUGGAGGCGAUGCUCGCCGGGGACAUGGCCCGCUACGACCAGCUCAACAAGAGGCUGGAGGAGCGGCAGGCCGCGCUCGCCGCGGCGGGGCCGGCGGCCACAGGCACCGCUGACGGCGUCCCUGAACUGCCUCCGUCCAAACCUCAAGCCAACGUCAAGAUUCUGGAGGAGGUGGACUCUGCAGGCCGCAAGCGGAGCCUGGUGGAGUCCGUCCAGUCCGGCCCGUCUGUCAGGACGCAGGGUCGCAACAAGCGCGGCACGGCCAACGCAGUGCCCUCCGGCAAGAAGAACGAGAAGCAGGCGCCCGGGUACUACGAGGACGACAACGUCUCCCUCGACGACCUCCUCAAGCGGGAGCGCAUCACCGGCGUUCAGGAUUACGACCAUAACCUCUCCAGCCACAUCUUGAAGAAGGGCUCUAAGUUCAAGAUGUUGGAGGAAGACGAGGACGAAGCGUAUGCCCUCGGCUGGUACGAGAGCAAGGA